AUCGUGGGGACAUGGUUUGAUAUUUAUUUGAGAAUAAAGACAUAAAAGAUGAAACUAGAAAGCAAUAAUUUAGCAAGACCAACAAAAAAAAAGGGUGGUGUUUUGCUAUUGUACGCCUCUCUCUCCAACGCUUUUUUCAGCUACAGACAUGGCGCAGAGAGUCGGAGGAUUGAAAAGAUUGAAACUUUCUUCUUCAACUCCAGAUUUUCCUAUUGUUUUCCGUUGUGAUGGAGUUCGUGUUCAUCGACGUUGCUCUUUCUCCAGAAAUUGUUCUUCUAAUCGAAAGCAAAGACUCCGAAUUGUGGCUCAGAAUAAAUGGAAAUUGAACGAUAUCGACCCAAAUGCGGUGCAAGAACGAUUUAGUAGGUGGGUGUCUAAAUCUCAGAAAAUUCUGAGUGAUGUAACAUCUCCGUUGAAGAAAAAGAGUCAGAGUCUCAAAAAGGUUGAUCUUGAGGAUCAACAAGAUUUUGAAGACUUGGAGGAACUUCUUACAGUUGAACAAACAGUUCGAAGUGAUACACCAAAAGGAUCUCUUUCUUUUGAUGCUAUUAUCUCCAUCGAGCAGUUUAGCAGGAUGAAUGGUAUAACUGGGAAGAAAAUGCAGGAUAUAUUUGAAACUCUUGUUUCCCCAGCUUUAUCUACCGAUGCUCGAUAUCUGGUGGAGUAUUGCUGUUUCAGGUUUUUAUCGAGGGAUAGCUCGGAGUUUCAUCCGUGUCUUAAGGAACCUGCAUUCCAGAGGCUAAUAUUCAUCACAAUGCUCGCGUGGGCGAAUCCAUAUUGUAAAGAAAGAAAUGCACGCAAUGAUGCCUCAGGAAAACCUUCUUUUCAGGGACGGUUUGUAGGUGAAGAAGCAUUUGUUCGUAUUGCUCCAGCAAUUUCAGGCUUGGCUGAUAGGGCUACUGUACAUAACCUUUUCAAGGCUCUAGCUGCUGCCACUGAUCAAAAAGCCAUUUCUUUGGAGAUUUGGCUUGCUUACAUCCAGGAACUUGUCAAAAUACACGAAGGACGGAAGUCACACCAGACUACAGACUUUCCAAAGUUGUCAUCGGAGAGACUUUUAUGCAUGGCCUCUAACAGGAAAGGACCUGUUUUAAAGUGGGAGAAUAACGUUGCAUGGCCUGGAAAACUUACUCUAACUGAUAAAGCUCUCUAUUUUGAGCCAGUUGACUUAAAGGGAAGUAAAGGGGUCUUGAGACUUGAUCUCGCAGGGGACAAGUCAACUGUGGAGAAAGCGAAAGUGGGGCCUCUAGGGUUUUCUCUCUUUGAUUCUGCAGUUUCUGUUUCGUCCGGCCCUGGGUUGGCCACUUGGGUUCUGGAGUUCGUUGACCUAGGAGGUGAACUUAGACGAGAUGUUUGGCAUGCAAUUAUUAGUGAAGUUAUAGCAUUGCACAAAUUUUUACGAGAAUUUGGGCCAGAAGAGGAUGAUAAGUCGCUGUAUCAAGUGUUUGGUGCAAAGAAGGGUAAGGAAAAGGCAGUUGCAAGUGCAUCUAACUGUAUUGCAAGACUUCAAGCUCUUCAAUAUAUGCGGAAUUUGCCUGAUGAUCCUAUCAAAGUAGUUCAGUUCUCUUUUCUUCAACAAGUAGCCUAUGGUGACAUCGUGUGUCAAACUUUAGCUGUAAAUUUUUGGGGUGGACCACUAUUGACCAAAACUGCAGACACGGUCUACAAACGAGGUGAUAUUGCCAGGGCUUCCAGAGAGUCCUAUGAAACUUUUGAUAACGUGUCUGAUCUAGAUGGAAGUGUCUACUUGAAAAGGUGGAUGAGAUCUCCCUCCUGGGGUUCAACUGCAUCCAUUCACUUCUGGAAAAACUCUUCUCUAAGACAAGGCGUAGUUCUGAGCAAACACCUUGCAGUUGCUGAUCUCACACUUGUAGAGCGAGCAGCAGAAACAUGUAAACAAAAAUAUAAGGUGGUAGAAAAAACUCAAGCCACAAUUGAUGCUGCAACCAUCAAAGGGAUACCUAGUAACAUUGAUCUCUUUAAGGAACUCAUUCUGCCACUGAGUAUAACUGCCACAAAGUUUGAGAAACUCAGGUGCUGGGAGGAGCCUUACAUGACGGUCUCUUUUCUAGCAUUUGCAUCAACGAUAAUUUUCAGGAACCUUUUGCAGUACGUUUUUCCUGUGUCUUUGAUAUUUUUGGCUACUGGGAUGCUUACGUUGAAGGGACUCAGACGACAAGGCCGUAUAGGAAGAUUGUUUGGAAUAGUUACCAUUCGAGAUCAGCCAUCUUCAAAUACUAUUCAAAAAAUUAUUGCUUUAAAAGAAGCCAUGCAAGAUCUGGAGAGCUAUCUCCAAAAGGUGAAUGUAGUGCUUCUAAAACUACGGACAAUUGUAUUAUCUGGUCAUCCUCAGAUAACUACUGAAGUAGCACUGGUUUUGCUAUCUAUUGCAACGGUUCUAGUCAUUAUCCCUUUCAAGUAUGUUCUGGCUUUUGUUCUCUACGAUCAAUUUACUCGGGAGCUCGAGUUCCGGAAAGAAAUGGUCAAGAAAUUUAAUGCUUUCUUACGGGAACGUUGGGAGAUGGUACCAGCAGCUCCUGUCAUUGUUUUACCGUUUGUAAGUGAAGAGUCUACACCAGCAACUCAGGAAAACAAGCAGCUCAGAAAACAAACACAGAGAUGAUUGAUAAAGAGUGCCAAAAUUUGUAUAAUCUAGUGGCAGGUGCAUGUUUUAGAUACACUAGAAGCUCAAGAAGGAACAAAUAUCAAAUUGUAGUUGACAAUGAUUCAUUAAAUGUAUAUGAAAAGUAGUAUAGAUGUUAGUUUAUUAUGUUUA